AUGAAAAAAGACAUCUUUACUGAGAAGGAAUCACAAUUUUAUAUGACAGAAUCAAUAAUGUAUAAUAUAAAUAAAUAAGUGUAUAACAGUAGAUUCUAUUCAUAAAUUAAAAUAUAUACAUAGAGAUUUAAAACAGAUAAUAUUUUAUUAUAAGCAGAUGGACAUAUUAAAUUGAGCGAUUUUAGAUUAUGUAAAUACGUAAAAUCAAGAGGAACUAGAUUAGAUGAGAGAAUUAGUGUCUAUAAACCAGAAGGUAAAGGAGAUAACACACAAAUUUCAAGAGAGAUAGAAUUAAGGCUAAUAGUACAGUAAACACUCCUGAUUAUAUUGCACCUAAAGUGUUUGAAAAGUCUGUGUAUUAUGAGACAGCAGAUUGGUAGUCUUUUGGAGUUACAUUAUAUGAAUUAUAAGAAGGAAAUACAUCAUUCUUUUGUGAUGAUCCCUAAUCAACUAUUUAGAAGAAUAUAAACUGGAAAAAACACUUGUUAUUCCAUAAGAAGCUAAACCAAGUUCUAUUAAUAAGUUAGAAAAGAAGUGAAUUUUAAAAGAUAUACUUUUAAUAGAAAAAUUGAAUUUCAAAGAUCUUACCUAAAUUAAGCUUUUCUAUAUCUUGAUACUUUGUAAACACAAAAAGCAGUUGACUUUAAUUGA